AUGAGUCUUUGCAUCAACGUUAGAUUGUUCAGGCUAGCCUGUUUAGCCAACGAGAUUAGCUUUUGUCAUCCAGUAAAAACGCUGUGUUUUCUAGUAUUUUACUCAAGUGUGUUCAAGAAUAGACGUUUUGACCUGGUAGUGUUUGUUAUCAAUAACAGUUUAUGUGUAGUGGAUAGAGUCGAGCAACGUUACAUCGUCAGGACUUUAUGCAAAGUUAUCAUUUUGAAACUCUUUUAUUCUAACGAACUAGCUUGUGGUAACCUUUUGAUGGCAGCCUCGUUACCUCAGAAGCCAGGGAUGACAGGGAUGCCCCCUCAGCAGCAGCCACAUCUGCCCCCCAGUGCUGCCCCCGCCGCAGGUCAGCAGCCCAUGCCCCCUCAGGGAGCCCUGAGAGAGAUCUCCCCAGUGUUCCUCUGUCGGAUCGGACAGGAGACUGUCCAGGACAUUGUCACUCGCACUAUGGAGAUCUUCCAGAUCACACGAGCUACGCAGCUUCCUAAUGGUGUGACCCAGAGCCAGGCGAUGUACCAGGACCGCUUCGGGAAGCUCCAGGAACACCUACGGCAACUCGCCCUGCUGUUCAGAAAGCUCCGGCUCCUGUACGAACGCUGCGUGGAGAUGACCUCUGACCUGCAGGAGGGGCCAUCAGAGCUUCUGCCGUAUGUUGGAGAGGAGCUGGUUUCUGUCAAAGUAGAGCCCUGCAGUUCUGCUGUCAACCAGGAGAGAAAAGAGGUUCUCGAGAAAGUACGUCAGAAGAACCAGGAGAUGAAGGUUCUGAUGGAUCAGAUGAGGAACCUGCUGUGGGACGUCAACGCCAUGCUGACUCACAGGAAAUGAUAGAAAGCCCGUCUUUUAAAAGAGUCAUUCCUCCACAGACGUACGGACGGCAUCAUGGCAAAGAUCAGGUGGAAUUCCUCUUGGAUUUGGAAUACGUGACCUUUUCACUUUCACCUCUAGUGUGUUGGCACUUCAUCACUGGAACUCAAGAGUCACAGUUCAACCCCAAGAGCUUCAGCUGUUAAUGAUGUGUUAUAUUGAAGUUGUUUAAGGGGAAACUAUUAUUUAGAAAGGAUUAUUGAGAGCUAAGAGAAGAAGAGAUAAGCUUGUGUCAACCUGAUACACUCCAAUUCCAAGUAUCGUUCUCUUUUUGUACUGUUUGUCACUGUGUUUAUUCCAAUACGUUGAGGACUCCUGUUUUCAUACUGUUUUAAAUAAUGAGUUGGAACCUGUAUUGCCUCCAGGUAAAAACAAAGAAAAGUUUUCCUGAAACGCCGUAUUCAUGGUGUUUUUCCCCCGGGUGCUGACUCGACACCAGACGGACUUGAAUUCAUCGCGGGUAAUUCUUCCAGAGAGAGCAGAAGCUGAUCCGAUGGCUGUGUGUACAAUAGGAACAAUUUCCCCUUAUUAUGCUCCGUCAGUUGUAAAAACACAUUGAGUUCAGAAUUCAAAUUAGCCCCUUGGCAGCUAUGUAUCUCAGGUGCUUUGUACAUAAGUGAGUGUGUGUGUGCAUGUGCUUAAUGAGAUUAGCUUCCUGAGUGCUAGACAGCACACCUGUUUACCCUGAGGGUACUGAGACUUGCUUGCCUGUGAAUUUAUUUUUGUAAACUGUGGGACAAAAGGUAGACCGACCGGGUCAUUUCUGUUUUGUAUAAAUUAAACUUUUUUUAAACAAG